ACCCUAUGGUAAUAACAGUAGGAGAGGGGGGCAAGAGCCAUAAUAAGUGCCGUGAGAGAGACGACGACGACGGGUGACCAGUAGACCGCCUUCAGCGACCCUGGCAGUCUCCGGCCGGGAGAGAAGGGUCACACCUCCUGCCUCAUCUCCCUCCUGGUCUACAAGGAAUACUUGUCAUCAGUAUUCAUAUAAAUAUGGCUAAACAAGGUCCUCGUAAAUUUACCGGAAAUGCUCAGGAUUAUAUUGAUUGGUUUAAAGGUGUUGAAUUUGCACCAGUGGUGCUUCCAGACAGCCAGACAGAUGGUGAAGGUCUACCUUUAAGUAAAGAUGAAGAAUUAAGUCUCCCUCCACUGCCAGACUACAUGCGACGUGAACUUGGCCACACGUAUGCUCAGAAGUACCAAAAAGAAUUUGAGAACACCAAGGUGUUGCAGAGUGCUAACACUCCUGACAGUGCACACACUUCUUGGGGAGUGGCUCUAGAGGAAGAAACAUUAGCAGGCUCAGCACUUGAGGAUGAAGAUGUGGAUGCUCAGAAGGCACAAGUUUACUUGCAUUACAAUUUCAACAAUAAAGAUCUGGAGGCAACCUUGCCCAUUUUUGAUGCCCGAAAGGAAAUCUUGGAGAAGAUUGCUCUAUAUCAAGUUGUCAUUAUUGAGGGAGAAACAGGAUGUGGAAAAUCAACGCAAGUUCCUCAGUUCAUUCUUGAUGAUGCUGUGGAAAAACUUUGUCAUUGCAAUAUUGUGGUCACACAGCCUCGCAAGAUUGCUGCUAUUUCUUUGGCUAGUAGAGUGUGCAAAGAACGUGGCUGGCAAUUGGGAAAGUUAGUUGGCUAUCAGGUUGGAUUGGAAAACUGCACAGAUUCAGAUACACGUAUCUCGUAUGUCACAACUGAAGUAUUAAUCCAGAAGCUAAUCCAUAAACGCAGCCUAGAUCAGUACACACACAUCAUCUUGGAUGAAGUUCAUGAGAGGGAUCACCACACAGACUUUGCUCUUCUAAUUGUGAAAAAGCUACUGCGCACCAUUUCUCCCAAAGUUAAGGUCAUUUUGAUGUCGGCUACCAUUGAUGCCUACAAAUUCGCCAAUUACUUUGCUUCUCCUGCAAUGACAUCUCCAAUAUCUGCACCUAUUAUUUCUGCUGGGAAAACGACUGUCCACAGCAUCCUGAUCUAUUAUUUGGAUGAUCUUAAAGUAAUCUGCAAUGAAAGACCGAAUGUUGUACCCAGGCUACCCAGCAUAUUUCCUGAUGACCCGAAUAUAUCGGAGGAAAUGUAUAAACUGGCCACCGAGAUGAUUAAGUGCUUUGAUAUUAUCGAGAGGCAAGAGGAAGGUCUUGGUCCUUCAGAAUUUGCAAAAAAGAGAGGGGCAGUUUUGGCUUUCGUACCUGGGCUGGCAGAGAUUGAAAACUACAUAGACUUCUUAAAUAGAGAGUCUUCAAGAUUUCAAUGGCAGCUGUUUCCUCUUCAUUCUACCAUUACACGAGAAGAGCAGCAGUUGGUGUUCGCUGUCCCACCAUUGGGCUUUCGAAAAGUUAUUAUAUCGACAAAUAUUGCUGAAAGCUCCAUAACUGUUCCUGAUAUAAAGUAUGUGAUUGACUUUUGCCUCACCAAAGUACUGAUCUGUGAUGUAGUUACUAACUAUGCUUCACUGAAGCGAACUUGGGCAUCACAAGCUUCUUGUACACAGAGAGCAGGAAGAUGUGGACGUGUCUCCUCAGGCAGAGUUUAUCGUCUAGUACCACAAGCAUUUUUCAAGACGCUUCCAUCAUAUAUUACGCCUGAGCUGUGCCGCAUCCCUCUGAGUCAGGUGAUACUGAAGACGAAGAUUCUUAAUAUGGGUGAACCCCAUUCUCUCCUGGCUUUGGCUCUUGAUCCUCCAAAUAUGGCGGAUAUAUACAGAACUAUUCUAAUACUGAAGCAGAUGGGUGCUCUUGGUGUUAAAUCCCAUGGCCGAGUGUCUUCUUUUGAUGGUGAUUUAACUUACUUGGGCAAAGUGGUGGCACGUCUACCUGUGGAUCCUUUCCUUGGAAAGCUCAUAGUCAUGGGUUAUCUAUUUGGCUGCCUCAGGGAAUGUGUAAUUAUUGCUGCUGGUCUGUCUUUAAAAAACAUCCAUUCACGGCCAUUCCAAGACGAGCUGAAUGCUUACCUUUCUAAAGUGUCUUGGUCUUAUGGAACCUUCUCAGAUUGUCUUGCUGUUCUCAACGUAUAUGAUCUUUGGCAGGGUAUGAAAAUAAGGGGAGAGUUUUUGCGUCCAGAUAGCAAAAAUGAGAAAAACUGGGCUAGACACAGUUAUGUGCAGCUCAGUGUCCUUCAGGAAGUGCAUUGUUUAGUGAAAGAAUUAACACAUCGUUUGGAGGCACUCAAAAUCACUGCUGGAUGUCUGCAUAAUACAUCCAGAAAUGACCAAACAUUCAUUCUCAAGGUGUGUUUUGCUGGUGCUUUCUUUCCUCUAUAUUAUAAACGAAAUAUACCGGAAGACUACGAGCGUGAGAUGUGUCGGGAACUGAGUGGGCACGAUCCCUUUACAACUGUUGUGGUGGGAGGCCUUCCAGCAGACACUAAUAUCCUCUAUGACCAUCAAAUCAGAGAGCUCUUUAAGGAAUGUUCACAAAACCUUGAAAUUAAAUAUGAGGGAAGCAAGGCAUAUCUUCAGUUUCCACGGACGAGUGGAACAUCAAAAAAGGAGCAGCACUUUCAAGCCAUUCCUGGAGAGUGCCCAACAGCAAUGCAUCUUGCUCUGAAAAUGCGUCAGGUACAGAGGAUUCGACAAGAUCUUGUUUUAACACUCUACAGUCCUCAGGAGGCACAAGCAAAGAUGAAGCAAGUUUUGGGCUACAACAGUGAGAAGUCUAUAACUCUGGCUGCCUCCAGUGAUGGUGCCUUGAAACAAACACUUGGCAGCAUUCACAAGAGGGUCACUCAGCCCCAGCUCUGCAGGCUCAAGUGUCCUGUUUUGCCCAAAGCUACAAACCACACCUGGAGUGUUUACGUUACUCAUGUAAACACUGCAGGCAACUUUUGGGUGGUUUCCAAUGAGAAAAGUGCAGCUGCAAACUUGUGUUAUAUUGAAUCUAAAAUUGAAUAUGCUAUAAGAAAUAAGCAAGUACCUGUCUUACCGCGGAACCAUAUUAUCCCAGGCUGCGUGUGUCUUGCCAGUUAUAAAGAGGGUGACGGCAUGGAGAGUUACUACAGAGCACGUAUAGAGGAGAUGCAUGUCGGCCCAAAUGGUAGCGAGGAAGUUUUGGUUUUCUUUGUGGACUAUGGGAAUAGUGAAGUUACUGAUGCAAGCAAGUUGAGGUGUUUACCAGAAAGUGUGGUGGAGAUGAAUAUGAUGGCAAUAGAAUGUAUGUUGGCAGAAGUGAAGCCAGUCUCAAAAUACACGCAUGGCAUGUGGGAUCCGGAAGCCACUGCUUGGUUUAAAGCUCGCACACUAUAUAAAAGUUUUACUGUUCAGAUAUACAGCAUUGUUCAUGGAAACCUGCGAGUCAAGUUGUUGGAGAUGGAAUAUGGUACUUUAGUGUCCAUUAACAAUUUGCUUGUAUCAAAGGGCUUUGCUGUUAAAGCAGAGGAGUUCUUUUUGUCUAAGCAAAAUCAUGAGUUGCGUGCAUUGUAUUCCAGUCAAGUGGAGGAAUCAUCUGUAUGCUCUGAUUACAGUAUUUCCUCUGCCUUUUCAUCUCUUUCCUUCAACUUUGAGACUGUACCAGAAAAAUAUGCCAGUAAGAGACAACUACGUGGUCCAGACUCGCCACUUCUGCUGAGAUUUGUAGCACUGACUCGUACAGGAGGAUCCAAGCGCGUUAAAAUUGACUCUUCAUCAGUCAACUCUACAGCUUUGGAUCUGGAACCUCAAAAUCCACAUGAUAGGCUGUUGCUGGCUGCAUCUGUGACAUUGGAUCCUUCGGAGUCAAGUGUGACACUUCGUGGCACAACAUUGAUGCCACCCAUUCCUGGCAUCCUACCCCUUUGUCUUCUUCUUUUCUGUCCUGUAGCUGAAUUAAGAAUAAGUGAGGAUGGCACUCAUUACACUGGAGCUUUGAUUGGUCUAGGCGGUGAUGAUGAAGGCCAUGCCAUAUACCCUGAUGAUGAUAUUGAAAUUUCAUUUGACAUUCCCUUCUUGCAAGAUGACUUAAUCUUGAUUAACCUCAUAAGGUUCCAAUUAAAUGCUGUCUUGGAGGAGGCAGAUACCAUCACUGACAGCAUUUUGAUCCCCACACAGAAGAAACUUAGAGCAUCAGUUAUCAAGUUAUUGGAUGAGCAAAGGAAAUACAGGGAGCCUGAAAAUUUUUCUAGACCUUACUACUGGCGAAGGGUGCCGGAGGAAGAUAUCUUGUAUCCCAAUACCAAUGGAGUUCUUGAUGAGUCCGAAGGUUUAGCAUUUCCUUUGCACUGUGGUAUAUUCCUUCGACCGGACGACCUCAACGAGAAGAUUCUCAGUAAGCUGAAUGAAUUGAAGGACCUUCAAAAGAGAUUGACAACUUCAGGAAGCCUGCCAUUUUCAAAAGUGAAUGCAACUUGCCCUGUGUGCUGUGUUUUCCUUGAAACACUGAUGACCCUUCAGAAUCACUUUUUAUCUACAGAACAUCAACGUAAAGAGCUUCACUUUAAACUUUCUGAUGUCUGAUAUUAAAAUAUUUUUGACCAGAUGUUGCUUAUUGUCUUAUGAGUAUACAUAUAUUAAGAGUUGAAGUACAUUAAAAUUAUGUACAGCUGAGUGUUUAGAAAAUGUUCUAAAGCAUCUCGAGGAAAUUAAAUGUAAUGCAGAGUAACUUAUGUUUUUCUUGGCUGUAAAGUCAAAGCUUUAGCUGAAAAGUUAUGGUUAUUAUUUAUUGUUGAUACAGUCAUAGCUCUUUUCUUUAAUUUAUUGUGAGUACUUAAAUAUAACACUUAAUUUUACUUGCAACUUUACAGAAUUUCCUUGAAUAGAUCUAUGGUCUUUCAUUCCCGAUGUCAAAUUUUUACUUGAUGGUAAUUAAACAUAACACUGAAAUAUAAUUUUUUUUGUAUUUUGUAUAAUGUACAAAAUUACACUAUUUUUUUGCAUUGUAAUUUUUUUUUUCUUACUCUGAAUAUAAACUAUUUUUGUAUUGGCCACAAUGGCUUGUCAAAUUUGGCAUUAAAUAUAAACUGCAUAUUGUAAUUCU